AUGGCGACGAUAAUCGACGUCGAUGGUAUUAAAAAACGAUCAUGGAGUGUUACCAGCAGUUACACUCCCAACAACAUCAUCACCUACAACAUCGCCCUUGGCGUCAAGGGCACAGACCUGUCACGAUGCUUUGAAGCACAUCCAGACUUCGCUGCCGUGCCGACAUUCGCUACACUCCCCGUCAUCUCCGUCAUGCGAGAAGUCACCUACGGGAUGAUGGAGUUCCUCCCAAACUUCCAGGCGCACAAUCACGUCCAUGGCGAGCACUAUCUUGAAAUGAAAGGGACAUUUCCGAAACAGGCCACAUUGAACACCACCGCCAGAGUUGUGGAUAUUGUGGAUCGCCGAAGCGGCGUCACCGUCGCCGUGGGCAUAACUACCGUCGACGCAUCCACGGGCCUCGAAAUCUGCUACAGCGAAUGGACAUCAUUUAUCAUGAAGGUUCCCGGAGCAGGGGCAUCAACAAAACCCAUCCCACGCGGAGCCGCUACGGCAAUACACCCGACGCCAACAGAUCGCAAACCCGAUGCUGUGGUGGAGUAUAAAACCUCUCCAGAACAAGGCGCCCUCUACCGUGCCGCCUCGGGAGAUUUGAACCCCUUACACAUCGAUCCCGCCGUGGCCAAAGCAGGUGGUUUUCCCGGACCGAUCUUGACCGGAACUUGUACGGUGGGAAUGGGUGUAUUGCACAUCAUUGACACGUUCGCCGGCGGCGACUUUAAGAGAUUUCAGAGCGUGAAGCUGAGGUUGAGCAAGCCUGUGUUUCCAGGGGAAGUGGUGAAGACGGAGAUGUGGCGAGAGGACGGAGGCAGGAAGAUCGUGUACAGACAGCUGGCAGGGGACAGGGUGGUUAUCUCGCAGGCGGCUGUUGAGUUGAGAGACGCGGAGGGUUCUGGGGCGCUGAAGGCGAGGCUGUCAUAG